GCUGACAUUGACAUAUUUCAACUAUGUGUUGUAUUUGACACGUUAGGUUAGAUCGAUUAGAAGGGGCAUAAUUGUAUUCAGUAAUUACCCUACUGUUAUAUGUUAGAAUGCUGUUCCAACGAAAUUAUAAGAGAAGUUUAUAAUAAAUUUGAAAGAUGCAUUAUUAGAAUUGUUGGUCGAAGAAAAUGACUUUGGCAUUUGAUUGUAAACUAUAUUUUACGUGUUUCUUCAAAUUGUUUCUUAAUCAGGAAUGAGUCCCACAAGAGAUUGGAGAAAAGCUUUGAAAUCACAACCAACAUAUAGAAUCGGAAACAAAACAAUAUGUUGUCAGACGUUCUUUGUAUAUUCAGUGGGAAUUACAGGUAUGAUUCUGUUAUUUUGUUUGUACACAAGUUCUACUACUAGAAGUACCAGCAACUAUUAUAUAAGAAGUAAUUACAAUUAUACAUACCCAAUUACAAGGCCAAUAAAAACGAGUACCAUGCACAUAUUUAAAAUAGGAGUUAUAGCAGAUUUAGACCAGAAUUCACGUAGUGAUAAGGAAAAAAAUACAUGGUACUCCUACCUGAAAACUGGAUAUUUAAGUUAUAACCUUCAAACACAUCGCAUAAUUAUUAAUUGGGAUCAAAAAGAACCUAUAGUACUUACGACAAGUUAUGCUUUAAAAGGAAGAGGAUUGGAAUUAUCUGAAUUACUAACAUUUGAUGGUAGAUUAUUAACGUUUGAUGAUAGAACAGGUAUAGUUUUUGAAUUAAUUAAUAACAAUAAAAAUAUCAUUCCGUGGUUAAUACUUAUGGAUGGAAAUGGAAAAAGCCUCAAAGGAUUUAAGUCUGAAUGGGCUACAGUCAAGGAUGAAGUGUUACAUAUUGGAUCAAUAGGCAAAGAAUGGACAACUGCCACUGGAGAAUUUGUAAAUAAUGAUCCUCAAUUUAUAAAAACAAUUACAAAAGAAGGUUAUGUUAAACACAUCAAUUGGGUAGACCAAUAUAAUAAACUAAGAAGUAUUAUAGGAAUAAGCUGGCCAGGGUAUAUGAUUCAUGAAAGUGCACUUUGGUCAGAUGUUCAUCAACAAUGGUUUUUCCUACCAAGACGAUGUAGCAAAGAGCCAUAUAAUGAAAGUUUAGAUGAACACAGGGGAUGUUCUGUUCUCCUAAGAGUAGAUCCCGAAUUUCAUAAUAUUAAUGUGAUAGAAAUUGGUAAUGCCAAACCGACCAGAGGUUUCUCAAGCUUUAAAUUUAUUCCAACAUCAAAUGAUGAAGUGAUUAUUGCUCUGAGGACUGAGGAAUUAAAUGGAAAUACAGCAACUUAUAUAACAGCAUUUACUAUUGAUGGAAAAAUAUUGUUGGAAGACGAACAUAUAGCAGAUGAUAAGUACGAGGGACUAGAAUUCAUCUAGUUAUUCUCUAGUCAAUUAUUUAAAUAUUAUAAUAGUUAAGUUGUAUAUUUCUUUCACAAUAAAACAUUUGAAGUUUGAGAUGAAUAGUU